GUUGGAUUUCGAUGUGGGCAAAUUGAGUCACCAAAAGUUCGACGACUGCCAGCACCCGACGCACGCAACGGAUAAACCUUUGCCUCCGAACAAACCCCACCGGGCCUGAAACGUAGAGCCUCACGACACUUUCGCCUUACGGACGCAUACGAGAACCACUCCCCCACCUACGUUAUUCAACAGUCGAGCGACGCCCUACACCCUUCUAGAGGCACAGCAGCAGAAGAUCCACACCAUGUCUCUCACAAACUCCCGGUUUUACGAGGAGAAGUACCCCGAGGUGGAGAGCUUCGUUAUGGUCAACGUCAAGCAGAUCGCAGAGAUGGGCGCAUACGUCAAGCUGCUCGAGUAUGACAACAUCGACGGCAUGAUUCUGCUCUCCGAACUGUCGCGCAGACGUAUCCGAUCCAUCCAGAAGCUUAUCCGUGUCGGCCGUAACGAGGUCGUCGUCGUGCUCCGUGUCGACAAGGACAAGGGUUACAUUGAUUUGUCGAAGCGUCGUGUGUCGCCCGAGGAUAUCGUCAAGUGCGAAGAGCGCUACAACAAGUCGAAGAUGGUCCACAGCAUCAUGCGCCACGUCGCCGAGAAGACCCAGACACCCAUCGAGGAGCUCUACCAGACAAUCGGCUGGCCGCUGAACAAGAAGUACGGCCACUCGAUCGACGCCUUCAAGCUCAGCAUCACCAACCCCGAGGUCUGGAACGACGUCACCUUCCCUAGCGACGUUGUCAAGGAGGAGCUCCAGAGCUACAUCGGCAAGAGGCUGACUCCCCAGCCCACCAAGGUCCGAUCGGAUAUUGAGGUCACCUGCUUCGGCUACGAGGGUAUCGACGCUGUCAAGGAGGCCCUGCGCACCGCCGAGGCCAAGAACACACCCGAUAACCAGGUCAAGGUCAAGCUUGUGUCGCCUCCUCUUUACGUCCUUACUUCGCAGUGCCUUGACAAGACCAUCGGUAUCUCCACCCUCGAGCAGGCUAUCGAGGACAUCAAGGCGAGCAUCACAAAAGCGGGCGGCGACUGCCAAGUGAAGAUGGCACCCCGUGCCGUUACUGAGAACGAUGACGCCGAGCUUGCAGCACUCAUGGAGAAGCGUGAGCGCGAGAACCAGCAGGUCAGCGGUGACGAGGACGAGAGCUCGAGCGACGAGGGCGAGGUUGGCGCGGCUGCCGCUGCUGCCACUGCUGCUGAUGCUUAAACGACUUGCGCGUGUUGAACGAUAAUGAUGGGGCAUGGUCAAAAGUGGAUACCGGCGUUUGGGGCUCGACUACCAUUCCUCGAGCAUGUACGCGGCAUAUUUGACAUGUAUAGCAUUUCCAUACUUGGCGGGUGUCGAAUUGCACGCCUUAGACCUUCAAUGAUAAAGAGUCCAAUUCACAAGCCGAUAUACGCGCGAA